UCAAGUAUAACUUUGUAACUUUUAGUAGUCUGUUUGUAUGUCAUGGUAACGAAUAUGUCAGUUAUUUUAUCUCAAUAAUCUGUGGUUUAUUCAGUCAGCCAUGUUUAGUGUUUGAAAUGGUGGUAUUUCAAUGUAGUGAAUGUAAAAAAUAAGUUGUGGAUAUAAUUCAUUAUAUUAGACUUUCUAUAUUUGUGUUAGUGAAUUUUCGAUGUUUUUAGUGAAACUUGUGUGAUAUACUUUCGUGACAAUGAAUUGGGGUACAGAGCUUUGGGAUCAGUAUGAUAACUUAGCCGCCCACACGCACAAGGGAAUCGAGUUCCUAGAUAAAUAUGGUAACUUCGUAAAGGACAGAUGCGCUAUAGAACUCGAGUAUGCAGGAAAACUCAGGAGGCUCGUUAAAAGUUAUCAACCCAAAAGAAAAGAAGAAGAUGAAUACCAAUACUCAGCAUGUAAAGCAUUCAGACAGCUGCUGCAGGAGCUGGGCGACUUCGCGGGGCAGCGCGAGGUCGUAGCGGAGAACCUGCAGUCCAAUGUCGUACGUGAGCUGCACCUGCUUGCCAAGGAGUUAAGAGAAGAGAGGAAGCAACAUUUAAACGAAGGCGCCAAACAAGUGGCCGUACUCAAUUCAGCUAUAGGCGCACUGGAGAGGGCGCGGCGAGCCUACGAGCGCGCCGCCCGCGAGUCCGAGAGGGCUAUCGAAACCUUCGACAAGGCUGACGCUGAUCUCAGUCUAAGGAUUUGGACGAAAAAAGAAUCAAAAACAUAAAGAAUUUCAUGUUAAGUUCUGUGGAUGUGGAAAGGAAAGUCUUCCCUAUAAUAAUGCAGUGCCUUGACGGAAUGGAGACAGCCGCUAAUAGUAUUAAUGAAAAAGAGGACACUCAGCUGGUGAUAGAGAGAUACAAGUCGGGGUUCGUGCCGCCCGAGGAGUUCCGGUUCGAGGCGGCGUCGGGCCGCGACUCGCAGGAGCACGCGCACGCGCCCGCGCACCACCUCACCGCCGCGCGCGGCACCGUCUCUCAGCGCGUCAAGAAGCGCGGCGGACUGCUCUCCAUAUUCACCUCCAACAAGAACAACAUGUCGAUGGAUGGAAAGGAGGAUUAUUCAGAUUUGCCACCGAAUCAGAAGAAGAAGAAACUACAAGCCAAGGUUCUUGAAUUAAACAAACAGGUUGCACAAGAACAAGCGGCAAUGGAAGGUCUAAUGAAGAUGAAGGGAGUGUACGAAACAAAUCCUACGUUAGGAGAUCCAAUGACUGUAGAAGGUUUGAUGUUAUCACAUUUUAAUUUUUAAUAACAACUACAUUUUUUAAUGGCAACUACCAAUGAGUUUUGUAAUUGUCGUCGUAUGGUCAAGGUUAACGCGCAUUCGUUCACCCGGCACCGCCCCGCCUUGCUAUCGCCGCAUUGUACGAUUACC